AUGGGAUGUUCCAUGGUGGGCAAGAGGGUGGGCUCGACCUCCCGCCAUGCCGCACUAAGCCCAGCCCAGUCUCGCGCGCAGCCUCGCCCUCCUCGGCUACUCCUUCCUCCCCAAGCCCUCCCCCUCCUCCUCCGCCCCAUUCCUCCUCCUCUCCCUGUCCACCCCGGCCUCCACAUCCGCUCCACCCGCCGCCUCCCACUCGCGCCGCUCGCCACAUCCGACUCCUUCGAAUCCUCUUCAUCCUCUGCCGCCGCGCUCGACUUCGCUGAGCCCGGCGCCGCCGAGGAGUCCGACAUGCCGGAGGAGUCUUACCAGGAGGAGGGGUACGCACCGGAGGCUGAGGAGGAGGCAGCGGAUGAUGAUGAUGAGGAGGAAGCCGUCGAGGCCUCCGCGGAAGUUGCGGAGGAGGCUGAGGACGUAGAGGAGGUCGGCACCUCCUAUGAAAAGUUUGUAAAUAUAAUCAAUUUACCACAACUAUGAAAAGUUUGAUCUUAACAAACCUUUUGUAUUUACAAUCAGUUGUACCAUAGCAUAUAUUUAUUGUUGUUUCCCACAAAUGGUGGGUUUAUUCUAUUAGUCUCAACUUCAGUUCCUUUCCAUGCCUAUAUUGGUAGUAUUUCCUUGCAGUGCAAUUUAUCCUUAUAUUCAGUU